GGUAAAGUAUAGUGUCUGAUCGAAUUGAGUGACAGUGAAAACUUAUAGGUGUGAAACUGGCUUUAUAAAUAAUUAAAUAACCUCAAGAAGAUGUCAGGUCCAUUGAUGCGAGGUUUAUUUGUAAAUUUUUCAAAACUAUGUUUGAAAAAUAAUUUAACACAAUUUAUUAAACCAAAAAUCACGUCAGCAAUACCAAAUUUAUGUGCGUGUCGUGAAAUAAAAUCAAAUAGUCAUUUAUAUAACCUCACAAAAUUACAACAAGAAGAAGUCCAGGAUACGACCAAAAUUGAUAACCAAAUUACAACAGAAAUUAUAUCGAAAAUCAAAGAACAAGUUGCUAAAAAAGAACAUGGUCGUUUAUUUGCUGUGGUCCAUGUCGCUGGUAAACAAUUUAAAAUCACUUCAGGUGAUAUAAUUAUUAUUGAAGGAUAUUGGCCACCAACAGUUGGCGAUCAAUUAACUUUGGAUAAAAUUCUAUUAAUUGGUGGAGCAGAUUUUUCAUUUAUUGGACGGCCAUUAAUUCAAGACGGUUUAGCUGAAGUGAAAGCAACUGUAGUUGAAAAAUCUAUUUCACAUACAAAAACACAUUUUCGUAAACGAAAACGGAAACAAUACAUGAGAAUUAAUUUUUAUCGAGUGCCUCAAACAAUGUUACGAAUCAAUUCAAUUGAAAUUAUUGGAGAAUUAAAUAAUCCUGCUCGAGUUGAAGGUCUUGAACGACAUAUUUUUUAAUUAAUUACAAAUGUUUCAUUUAAAAAAUAUA